AUGUCUCAGCUGUUUUCAUCGUCAGAUAGUUGUGGUCCGGUUAACCCGCUACAGAAUCUGGGAAAACAUACAGGCCCAACAAACUCAUCUCAACAUGAACGAUUUGUAAGAGAGAACUCAGCAGGCCCAUCUUCAUUUCGGUCGACUCCAUCUCCUUCUUUGGUUAACGGUACUAAUACCGACUUCCAAGCAUUUGCAUCGAGAGGAUCUCCCUCUCAAAGUGGAUUCAAUUUCCACCCGGGCCAGGGCCAGGCAGCCAGUCAAGUUCCUGGUCAGUUACCUGGUCAGUUGCCUGUCCAGUUGGCGAGAAAUGGUGCUCCACUAGAUCAACGGAAUAUAGGGUUUCAAGCACCUCAGACCACUUCAUCAGACUGGGCAUCAGAAUUCUCAAAACUUUCUGUUGGAUCUCGGCCGAGCCAGGAUCUGAGAAUGGCCACAUCCCCCCUAUCGAUGACAGCGGCUUCAAGCUCUUACCAGCAAUAUCAACCACAACAACCGAUGUUACGGUCUGAUCUAAUGUACUACCAAACAUCUGCAUCGGUUUCACAACAACCAGAACAUCAUCAAAUUCAUAAAUUAAAUGAAGAACAAGCUUCAUUUGAAAAUGCUUUUGCGGAAGUGGAACGGUCCUUGAACUCGGAGUCAAUCAGUCAGCAAGAUACAACUAUACAGAAAGAAACUGAACAAGUCGAGUCAUUACAAAAAGUUAACAAUACAGAGCUGUCUGGUGUAGCCCAAGACAUUAUAAACUCCAUAAAUGAAUCGUCACAGUCAACGAACUCUUCCACAGCUUCGAAGAUGAAGAGCAGUAAUUUUAUGGCUCUCAUGGAUCAACUUAGCAAGAAGAAUGUUGUUUUAGAAGGUACUAAGUUUGUUGAUGGCGUUUCUGGAGCAGAGAUCUCUGCGGAUCAGCUUGCUAGACAAGAAGACACUGCAAACUAUAAAGAGCCGUCACUCCCUGAACAUCUUCAACCUCAAAACAUGUCUAAAGCCCCGCAAAUCCCUCUACAAGAUCCAUUUUCGUUCAUAAAUCAGCUGAAUAUCGAUCCUUCCAAAUCAACGCCUUUUGAGCUUGCCCAACUUAUGAGCCCAGGGGUGGCUUUAAGUGAUUGGGAAGAGAAAUAUGAAGAGGACCCCGAUUGGACGCAAUAG